UCCGUCCUCCUCUCUUCAAGCCUCUGUGUGUGUGUAGCGAGAGAGAAAGAUGGUAUCGAGGGAGCACAACAGAGCCGCUCUGCAUGAGAAGCUGCAAGUCCUUCGCUCGCUCACGAACUCUCAUGCACUGAGGAAAUCCUCGAUCAUAUUAGAUGCCUCCAAGUACAUCAAAGAGUUGAAGCAGAAGAUCCAAAGACUGAAUCAAGAGAUUGAAUCUGCACAUAGCAUUGUUCACGACAACCCUUUGCCUUCUGUGACUGUUGAGACACUAAAGAAGGGAUUCCUGAUCAAUGUGUUCUCCGAGAAGAGUUGUCCGGGGUUGCUUGUGGCUGUUCUGGAGGCCAUCGAGAGCUUGGGGCUCAGUGUGGUGGAAGCCAAGGCAUCUUGCACCAAUGCCUUUCUUCUUGAAUUGUUUGGAAGAGAAGGUGAAAGCGUGGAUGCUCAAGUGGUGAAAGCAGCAGUACUACAUGCCGUCGAGAGUUUCCAUGGAAGCAGUGAAGCAGCCUGAUGAAGACAUCAUUCUCGUGUAACAUUUUGGAAUGGGCUCUAAAGAUCUUCAAUGAAUGAGAACAUUGUCUGCAUCAGAGCUUCAAUCCUUCAUAUAACUAGAAAUAAUA